GUCGCGGAAGCCGCCCGGUCUCGCCGGGGGGUGGAGCUGUGCAUUGGGCUAAAAUUGGGAUAUUCGCGAAAUCCUGUGUUUGAUGUAAAAAGCGCUGUGCGUGCGGAUGUCCGUGGUGCUUGUGGUGUAUUUGGCUGACUUUGAUCUGCCACAGCAAGCCCAUCAGAAUCGAAAUCUGUUCGGGACUUUGCGAAUUCAUCGAUCGAUAAGCUGGCUUUGUGGCGUGAUUGACAGGAGUGCUGCUUAGGACAGGAAACGCAAAUAAUUGAAACAAGGUGCAAGAAUUAAGCAUGGCGGAUGAGAAAGAGGCCAACACUGGACCUGCUGAGGACAGUAUUAAAGUGAUAUGUCGUUUUCGUCCUCUAAAUACCUCUGAAGAAAAGGCAGGGUCAAAAUUUAUAGUCAAAUUUCCACAGCAAGGUGGCGUCGAGGACAAUGCUUGUUCAAUUGGGGGAAAGCUGUAUAUGUUCGACAAAGUCAUCAAACCCAACGCCACACAAGAAAAGGUCUACAACGAUGCGGCCCGCACCAUUGUCAGAGAUGUUCUCAUGGGCUACAACGGCACGAUAUUCGCGUACGGCCAGACGUCGUCCGGCAAGACGCACACCAUGGAGGGCGUGCUGGGCCGACCCGACCUGCAGGGUAUUAUCCCGCGCAUCAUCAGCGACAUCUUCAACCACAUCUACAGCAUGGAGGAGAACCUUGAGUUCCACAUCAAGAUCAGCUACUUCGAGAUCUACAUGGAUAAGAUCCGGGACCUGCUGGACGUGUCCAAGGUCAACCUGGCGGUGCACGAGGACAAGAACCGCGUGCCCUUCGUCAAGGGCGCCACCGAGCGGUUCGUCUCCAGCCCCGAGGAGGUUUUCGAGGUGAUCGAGGAGGGCAAGUCCAACCGGCACAUAGCCGUGACAAACAUGAACGAGCACAGUUCUCGCAGCCACAGUGUCUUCCUCAUCAACGUCAAGCAGGAGAACCUGGAGAACGACAAGAAGCUGUCGGGCAAGCUUUACCUCGUCGAUCUGGCGGGCAGUGAGAAGGUCAGCAAGACGGGCGCCGAGGGUACCGUGCUGGACGAGGCCAAGAACAUCAACAAGUCGCUGUCGGCGCUGGGCAACGUUAUAUCGGCGCUGGCCGACGGCAACAAAUCCCACAUCCCGUACCGCGACUCGAAGCUGACGAGGAUCCUGCAGGAGUCGCUGGGAGGCAACGCCCGAACCACCAUUAUCAUCUGCUGCUCGCCAGCCUCCUACAACGAGUCGGAGACCAAGUCGACUCUCGACUUCGGCCGCAGGGCCAAGACGGUGAAGAACGUGGUGACGGUGAACGAGGAGCUGACGGCAGAGGAAUGGAAGCGGCGGUACGAGCGGGAGCGCGACAAGAACGGCCGGCUGCGCGGUCAGGUGGAGCGGCUGGAGGAGGAGCUGCGCCGGUGGCGCGCCGGCGACACGGUCGGCAAGGACGAACAGGUCAACCUGGCCGACGUCAUGGACGUCUCCGCCACCGCCGCGCCGGCCAGCACGCUGCCGGCGGCGCUGCCGGCCGCCACGCUGCCGCUCGUCUCAUCCACGGCCAGCCUGUCGGGCGACGAGCGGCUCAAGUGGGAGAACGAGGUGGCCAAACUGUACGGCCAGCUGGACGAGAAGGACGACGAGAUUAACCAGCAGAGCCAGCUGGUGGAGAAGCUCAAGGAGCAGAUGCUGGAGCAGGAGGAGCUGAUCGCCUCGACGCGACGCGACUACGAGCAGGUGCAGGCGGAGAUGAGCCGCAUCCAGCAGGAGAACGAGUCGGCCAAGGACGAGGUCAAGGAGGUGCUGCAGGCGCUGGAAGAGCUGGCCGUCAACUACGACCAGAAGAGCCAGGACGUAGAGGCGCGCAGCAAGGAGAACGACAACCUCACGCAGGAGCUAUCGCAGAAGCAGUCGCUGCUGAACACCACGGAGUCCGACCUGCAGCAGCUGAGGGACACGCACAACCACCUGAAGAAGCGCGCCAGCGAGAUGUUGACCAACCUGCUGAAGGACCUGGGCGAGGUCGGCGUGGCUGUGGGCGGCUCGGCCGCAGACAUGAAGCUGGCGGCUGACGGCAGUGGCAAGAUGGAGGAGGAGUUCACCGUGGCGCGACUCUACAUCUCCAAGAUGAAGUCCGAGAUCAAGAACUUGGUCACGCGCUGCUCCUCGUUCGAGACAUUCCAGAACGACUCCAACAAAAAGAUGGACGAUGCUGAGCGUGAGCUGAGCGAAGGCCGCCUGCUGAUCCAGCAGCACGAGGCCAAGAUCAAGUCGCUACAGGAGUCAGUGCGCGACUCGGAGGCCAAGAAGCGCCAGCUGGAGGAGUCGCUGGACGCCAUUAACGAGGAGGUGGCGCGGCUGCGCACGGCUGAGCAAAUGGCGUCGCUGUCGUCGGCGGCGCAGAAGGACGCCGAGGACGCGCGCCAGAUGCGCACGCAGCUGGAGGCGCAGAUCGAGCAGCAUCGCGAGGCUCACCAGAAGCAGGUGUCCGAUCUGCGGGACGAGAUCGCCGCCAAGCAGACGUUCAUCGAUCAGCUGAAGGACCUGAACCAGAAGCUGGCGCUGCAGCAGGACCAGCUGCGCGCCGACCACGACAAGCUGCGCACCGAGAACGAUGACAAAUCUCAACGGCUGCACCAGCUGCUGCAGCAGGCCGACCGGCGCGAGCAGGCGCGCGAGGACCUGAAGGGCCUGGAGGAGACUGUGGCCAAGGAGCUGCAGACACUGCACAACCUGCGCAAACUGUUCGUGCAGGACCUUCAGAACAGGUUCAAAAAGUCGGCCAUCGGCGAGGAGUCAGACGACGUGGGCGGCUCGCUGGCCCAGAAGCAGAAGAUCUCCUUCCUGGAGAACAACCUGGACCAGCUGACCAAGGUGCACAAGCAGCUGGUGCGCGACAACGCCGACCUGCGCUGCGAGCUGCCCAAGCUUGAGAAGCGGCUGCGUGCCACCAUGGAGCGGGUCAAGGCCCUGGAGACGGCUCUGAAGGAGGCGAAGGAGGGCGCCAUGCGCGACAGGAAGCGCUACCAGUACGAGGUGGACCGCAUCAAGGAGGCGGUGCGGCAGAAGAACCUGGCCCGGCGCGGUCACGCCGCUCAGAUCGCCAAGCCGAUCCGGGCGGGCCAGCCGCAUCCACCACCCGGCAUCCGUCCCGGUCAGCAGCCGUACCCGUCCGGCUUCAGCGGCCGGCCCGUGGCGGCCGGCGACGCCGACAUCGCCGCCAUGAAGGCGCGCCAGAAGAAGGCCGCCGCCGGCAACAACCGCGACGACUAAGCUGCUCUGUCUGUCUCUCUGCUGGAGUUGCCGCCCCUCGCCUCCACGCCGGGCUUCAGUGUGCACGUGCCGCGCCGCGCCGCCUGUGGCCGGCGCCUGGCCACUCCUCGCUUCGCUUGGCGCGCCG